AUGGAUACAGAGCGAGAGAGAGUUAUAAAUAGUGUUAAUAAACAUUUUGUACAAAAUAUUGAAGAAACAUUACGUAUGCAAGCAUUAAAUCGUACUCGUGGUAAAAGAUCAUUGAAUAAUGAUGAAGAUCCGGUUGAAAAUCGACGAAUACGACCUGAUUCGAAUGGUUUUUCAAAUGAAACAAACAAUGUUGACAAUCAAGAUACUGAUAAUAAUAUACAGGAAAUUGAAUUAAUCAUUAAACCAUUACCACAAGUUGAACGAAGAGAUCCAUCAUUGAAUCAAACAAGAUUUAUGAAAACAACAACAAAAGCAACAAUCAAUCAUAUUGCAAAAUAUUUAAAAAUGCGUUAUAAUUUUGAAUCAUCUGAAGAUGAUUGUACACGUAAUAAUAAUGAUAAUGAUGACGAUAAUGAUAAUGAUGUUGUUGAUAACAAAGAUACAAAUUCAUCAUCGGCAUUUCCAUUUACAUUAUAUAUAGCAGCAGGACCUGGACAAUAUAAUCCAUUACAAGGAUCAAUAACAUUAGCACAAGUUGAUGAACAAUAUUGGAAAAUAAAUAAACCAUUAGAAUUAUUUUAUGCAUAUAAAGUUAAUCCAACAUCAUGAACAUUUCAUUUCAUUUCAUUCAUUCAGUAUUUAUUUUGUAAGCAUCAUUGUGUUGUAAUUUUGCCCUAAAAGCAAUUUUUACAAAAACAAAACA